AUGAUAAAUGCCAUCGGUGUGCAAAAACGCACCGUGGAGCAGGUAAAAUUCAAGUGGGGCAACUUACAACAAGGAGCCAAAAAAAGUUUCAGUGAGGCCAGGAAACAAAGCAAAUUGACCGGAGGAGGCCCUCCACCAAAGCCACUUACUGCCGCUGAAGAGAAAAUCAUCGAGAUGAUGAAAGAUCGGCCUAACUUCAGUGGCAUAGUAGGUGGCUUUGAGUCAUCUGUGCCGGCAUUUGCAGUGGUGUCAAAAGAAACUGAGUCAGAGGCAGCCUCUACUUCGACCCAUGGUACCAAUGAAGAAAGAACGGAAGCAGAUAUCGAUGUAAACGAAGUCCAAAGUUCUGAGUGUACUUAUCCUGAAAGAACGAAUGCGGAAAAGGAAUCAGAGUUUGAAUGUUGCAGUGAACGUGACCAGUCACCAUCGGUAACCAAACCCAAGAAAAGGAAAAGGAUUACAUUAGAUGUUUUGCAGACAGUGCAGUAUAAGAAAAUGGUACAAGGCUGUACGAAAUGUGCAAUCAAUUCUCGAUUUCCAGCGAAGCAGAGAAGUACAAACUCUUUCUUGCAGGCAAUUGCAACAGGGACCCUAGGUAUGUGCAAAGUAGAACGAGAGAAAGAGGAAGGGAGAAAGAAAGAGAGAGAGAGACGACAGGCUGCUAUAGGAAUUGUUUUAACCUGUAAAGGAGACAACAUGAGGAGACAUAAUCUCUCUGGGAUGUACUUAAUCAGUACCCUAGACAUGGAUAAUGAUGGGAGUAAUUGA